AGUCCGGUGGUUUUUGCAGUGACGGCUUGAAACCCUAGACCAGAGCGAGAGAAAGAGAGAUUCGGAUUCGAUGUCGGGGAAAGAAGAUUACGACUCCGAUGCGCCCGAGGAGUUCACGCAAGAGCAGACAAUAGCGAAGCAUGAUGAAAUAAGUAAAGCGCAGAAAGACAGUAAGGCAAGGGUUAUUCGUGAAAAGAAAGAAAAGCGUAAGCAACAACAGGCACAGAGAGCAACACAACAAUCAUCAGUGAGGAACGAACACGUUGAAGAUGUAGAAGAGCUUGAAGAAAACCCUGAAGCUGAACGAUCUCGUGCAAACCAGGGGUUCCUUCCCAAACACGUCGUAGAAAAGCUCGCCGCCCGGGAAAAGCUCGAUCAAUCUCCUCCAUCAGAUUCCGAAGAUGACGAAGACGAGGAAGCAAAGUCUCUCACAAGCGGGAAGAGGAAGUCGAAGAAGCGGAAAAGCGCAGGGGCGGGAGCUUUUCUUCUGGGCGAUAUACCGCCGCCCGAGUGCUUGAAGAACUCUUUGGAGUUCUUGAAGAAGAGGAAAAUGCAAGUGGCUAGAUCCUCCUCUGUCUUGAACAACUCUAACCAAGCCCUCCGCCUUGUCUCCGCCAUGUUCCCCCAAAGGCGUUGAUUGAUGGUUUUGUUUCAUAAAUGGGGUUGGCUUUCGAGAAAGCCUCAACUUUUUAAAGUAACGAGCUGUGUUCUAAACGAGGUUUAUGUUAUCUUCCAAACCAAACACUGCAAUUUUGUGAUUAUCGAUUUUUUAUAGAAGUGACUUUCGAAGGGGAAGAA